AUGGCCGACUAUGGAGCUUUUGCCGAGAUCAACUUGUCGCCAGCCACGAAAGAGCUCUUACAGAGCUUGGGUGAUUGGACUGCCACUGCUGAGUUCAAAACAGCUAAAGAAAAGAGUUGGGAGACCUGUUCGGACAAGAAUCGGGAAAUUGUUUUGGAGGCUUUACUGGAGCAGCCCGAGAUCAAAGAUAAGGUUGCUGACGAAUCCUCACGCCGUUUUAUCAUCCGCAUUUCCGGACCCAUUCCUGGUUAUUUCGGGAGCUCACAAGGGCCGGCAUAUGUAUAUCCCCUACGAAUCCAUCCAAACACGAAACCGAGUAUAUCUGGAAUACCUCUGGAGGUUGGAAGGUGCAUAGAAAUCAAGAGUCAGGUGUUCACCGUGACACAUGGUGCUGAUUGUCUCAUCAUCCUAACCGUGAGCGCAAGCUAG